AUGAAUACCAGAAGUCUGCUUUGCUUGUCGCGGACAGCGGCCUCCCCUCUCGGAUCCUCAUUCGCCGCGACAGCAUGCCUGAGUAGCAGAAGACCACAAUACUUCAACCGACCACAGAUCAACGCACCCUUAUCGACCGAUACAUCCCCAUCAAACACGAAUGCCACGCCCUCCUCACCGCCGCCACCGCCGCCAGAAGAAUCCCAAGUCAAUCAACUCACCCGCAAACCGCAAACCCCGAGACACUCCAAUAUCAAGGGUAUAACCCACCACAAAACCGGCACCGUCAUUUCCGCCGGUAAAAGGGACAAAGUCGUUCAAGUCGUGCACAUCACCACACAUUGGGACAGAAAUCUGCACAAAUACUACCCCCUCAAGACAAGGGUCAGCGUAUCGGAUCCGAACAACUCCCUCCGCGAAGGUGAUGUGAUCGAAUUCUCGAACGGUUUUAAUUUCGGAAAUCCUAAGAACGUGGUAGAGAGAAUUAUAGCGCCAUUCGAGACGCCGAUUAGCGCACGUCCACCAGUCCUGACAGAACCUGAGAGAUUUGUGGAUGACUCUGUGAAAAGAAUGAAAGGCUCGGGAAAGAAACUGGGGCCAGUGAAACGGCAGAUACUCGAGAAAUUGUUGCUCGGAGGGAUGCUCUCUAAAGAUCGUGUCGAGCACAUUAAAUUACUGCUCGCGGAGGAUUCCGAGAAAACGGAGAAUGUUCGGAAUACUGCGGUGAGAGCGUGA